AUGUCGGCCAAGGUGCGGCUCAAGAAGCUGGAGCAGCUGCUGCUGGACGGGCCGCGCCGCCGCGAGGGCGCCCUGAGCGUGGAGGCGCUGCUCGACGUGCUGCUCUGCCUGUGCACCGAGUGCGGCCACGCGGGCCUGCGCCGCGACAAGUACGUGGCCGACUUCCUCGAGUGGGCCAAGCCCUUCACGCAGCUGGUGAAGGAGAUGCAGCUUCACAGAGAAGACUUCGAGAUCAUCAAGGUCAUCGGGAGAGGCGCCUUUGGGGAGGUCGCCGUUGUCAGGAUGAAGAACACGGAGCGGAUCUAUGCCAUGAAAAUCCUCAACAAGUGGGAGAUGCUCAAACGGGCAGAGACAGCGUGCUUCCGGGAGGAGCGGGACGUGCUGGUGAACGGGGACUGCCAGUGGAUCACCACGCUGCACUACGCCUUCCAGGACGAGAACUACCUGUACCUGGUCAUGGAUUACUACGUGGGAGGCGACUUACUGACGCUGCUCAGCAAAUUUGAAGACAAGCUCCCAGAAGACAUGGCGAGAUUCUACAUUGGCGAGAUGGUGCUGGCCAUCGACUCCAUCCAUCAGCUUCACUACGUGCACAGAGACAUCAAACCCGACAACGUGCUCUUGGACGUGAACGGCCACAUCCGCCUGGCUGACUUUGGGUCGUGCUUGAAGAUGAAUGAUGACGGAACUGUCCAGUCCUCCGUGGCCGUGGGCACCCCCGACUACAUCUCCCCGGAGAUCCUGCAGGCCAUGGAGGACGGCAGGGGCCGGUACGGCCCCGAGUGCGACUGGUGGUCGCUGGGCGUGUGCAUGUACGAGAUGCUGUACGGGGAGACGCCCUUCUACGCCGAGUCCCUCGUGGAGACCUACGGGAAGAUCAUGAACCACGAGGAGCGGUUUCAGUUCCCUGCCCACAUCACCGAUGUGUCUGAGGAAGCGAAGGACCUCAUCCAGCGGCUCAUCUGCAGCCGGGAGCACCGGCUGGGCCAGAAUGGGAUUGAAGACUUCAAAAAGCACGCCUUCUUCCAAGGUCUGAACUGGGAGGACAUCCGCAACCUCGAGGCGCCUUACAUCCCCGACGUGAGCAGCCCUUCCGACACGUCCAACUUCGACGUGGAUGACGACGUUCUGAGAAACGCUGAGAUGCUGCCCCCUGGCUCUCACGCAGGCUUUUCCGGGUUGCACCUGCCCUUCGUCGGCUUUACGUUCACCACAGAGAGCUGCUUUUCCGAUCGUGGCUCUCUGAAGAGUGUCACACAGGCCAGCACCCUGGCCAAGGACGAGGGCGUGCAGCGGGACCUGGAAAACAGCCUACAGGCUGAAGCGUAUGAGCGGAGGAUCCGGAGGCUGGAACAGGAGAAACUGGAGCUGAGCAGGAAGCUGCAAGAGUCCACCCAGACUGUGCAGUCCCUUCAUGGCGCCUCUCGGGCCCAGGGCAGCGCCGCCCGGGAUGGAGAGAUCAGAAGGCUGAAUGAAGAGAUUGAGCACUUGAAGAACAGGAUAGCAGAUUCAAACAGGCCCGAGCGACAGCAUGAGGACGUGGCGACGCUGCGCCAGGAGCGGGAGGAUGCCGUGCUCCGCCUGAGGGGCCUGGAGAAGCAGUGCCGUGUGGCACGGCAGGAGCGGGAGGACUUCCACAAGCAACUGGUUGAGGCUUCAGAGAGACUGAAAUCCCAGGCCAGAGAGCUCAAAGAUGCCCACCAGCAGCGAAAGCUGGCCCUGCAGGAGCUCUCGGAACUUGGCGAGCGCAUGGCGGAGCUCCGCUCCCAGAAGCAGAAGGUGUCCCGGCAGCUCCGGGACCGCGAGGAGGAGGUGGAGGUGGCCGUGCAGAAAGUCGACUCGAUGCGCCAGGAAAUGCGGAAGGCCGAGAAGUUCAGGAAAGAGCUGGAAGCCCAGCUUGAGGAUGCCGUGGCCGAGGCCUCCAGGGAGCGCAAGCUUCGUGAGCACAGCGAGAACUUCUCCAAGCAAAUGGAAAGUGAGCUUGAGGCCCUCAAGGUGAAGCAAGGAGGCCGGGGACCAGGCGCCACCUUAGAACAUCAGCAGGAGAUUUCCAAAAUAAAGUCUGAACUGGAGAAGAAAGUCUUAUUUUACGAAGAAGAACUGGUCCGGCGUGAGGCCUCCCACGCACUGGAGGUAAAAAAUGUGAAAAAGGAGGCACAGGACUCUGAGAGCCAGCAGCUGGGCCUGCAGAGGGAGGUCCUGAUGUUGACGGACAAGCUGGAGAAGUGCAGGCGGGAGCGGCACAGUGAGGUGGAGGAGGCUGUGGGCACAGUGAGAGAGAAGUACGAGCGGGAACGCACGCUGCUGUUUGAGGAGAACAGGAAGCUGACGGCUGAGAACGAAAGGCUUUGUUCCUUUGUGGAUAAACUCACGGCCCAGAACAGACAGCUGGAGGACGAGCUGCAGGACCUGGCCGCCAAGAAGGAGUCGGUUGCCCACUGGGAGGCCCAGAUCGCUGAAAUCAUCCAGUGGGUGAGCGACGAGAAGGACGCCCGGGGCUACCUUCAGGCUCUUGCUUCCAAGAUGACAGAAGAGCUGGAGACGCUGCGGAGCUCCAGCCUGGGCGCCAGGACGCUGGAUCCCCUUUGGAAAGUUCGCCGUAGCCAGAAGCUGGACAUGUCUGCCCGGCUGGAGCUGCAGUCUGCUCUCGAGGCCGAGAUCCGGGCCAAGCAGGUGGUUCAGGAGGAGCUGAGGAAAGUCAAAGAUGUCAACCUCUCCUUCGAAAGUAAACUAAAGGAUUCUGAAGCCAGAAAUAGAGAAUUAUUAGAAGAAAUGGAAAUUUUGAAGAAAAAGAUGGAGGAAAAAUUUCGAGCAGAUACAGGGCUCAAGCUCCCCGGCUUCCAGGACUCUAUUUUUGAAUAUUUCAACUCUGCGCCUCUUGCACAUGACCUGCCUUUCAGGACCAGCUCAGCCAGUGAGCAGGACACACACGCCUCAAAACCGGAAGUGUCCCCUGCUGUGGCUGCAAGCACAGGGCAGCAAGAGGACGGGACUCGGCACCCCCAGAGGCCGCCUGCCGGGUCGCAUCCCACCACCCAAGCCCUCACUCUGGCUGGACCAAAGCCCAAGGCCCACCAGCUGAGCGUCAAGUCCUUCUCCAGCCCCACGCAAUGCAGCCACUGCACCUCCCUGAUGGUGGGGCUCAUCCGGCAGGGCUACGCCUGCGAGGUGUGCUCCUUCGCCUGCCACUCCUCCUGCCGGGACAGCGCCCCCCAGGUGUGCCCCAUCCCCGCCGAGCAGGCCAAGCGGCCCCUGGGCGUGGACGUGCAGCGGGGCAUAGGCACCGCCUAUAAGGGCUACGUCAAGGUUCCGAAGCCCACCGGGGUGAAGAAAGGGUGGCAGCGGGCGUACGCGGUGGUCUGCGACUGCAAGCUCUUCCUGUACGACCUGCCGGAGGGGAAGUCCACACAGCCCGGCGUGGUAGCCAGCCAGGUCCUGGACCUCAGAGACAACGCGUUCUCGGUGAGCUCCGUCCUGUCUUCAGACGUCAUACACGCCACACGCCGAGACAUCCCGUGCAUAUUCAAGGUGACAGCCUCUCUCUUAGGUAGCCCUUCUAAGACCAGCUCACUGCUCAUUCUGACGGAGAAUGAGAAUGAGAAGAGGAAGUGGGUGGGCAUCCUAGAGGGGCUGCAGUCCAUCCUGCACAAGAACCAGCUGCGUGGCCAGGUGGUGCACGUGCCGCAGGAGGCCUACGACAGCUCGUUGCCCCUCAUCAAGGCUGUGGUGGCAGCCGCCGUCCUGGAUGGGGACAGGAUCGCGCUGGGCUUGGAAGAAGGGCUGUACGUCAUCGAGCUGGCCCACGACGUAAUCAUCCGCGCCGCUGACUACAAGAAAGUGUCCCAGAUCGAGCUCGCACCCAAAGAGAAAGUCGCCAUCCUCCGCUGCGGUCGCAACCACCACGUCCACCUCUGCCCGUGGUCUUGCUUUGACGGGAUAGAGAGCAACGUUGAUGUCAAGCUUCCAGAGACCAAGGGCUGCCAGCUCAUCACCACUGCCACCCUGAAGCAGAGCCCGUCCACCUGCCUGUUUGUGGCCGUGAAGCGGCUGAUCCUGUGCUAUGAGCUGCAGAGAACUAGGCCUUUCCACCGCAAGUUCAACGAGCUCAUGGCCCCCGGCAAUGUGCAGUGGAUGGCUGCGGUGCAGGACAAGCUCUGUGUCGGCUACCCCUCUGGGUUCUCACUCUUGAGCCCCCAGGGCGAUGGGCAGGCCCUGAGCCUGGUGAAUGCCGCCGACCCCUCGCUCAGCUUCCUCGCACAGCAGCCCUUUGAUGCCCUCUGUGCCGUGCCUCUCCACAGUGACGAGUUCCUGCUGUGCUUCAGCCACAUGGGGCUGUAUGUGGACCCACAGGGCCGCAGGGCGCGCGUGCAGGAGCUCAUGUGGCCCGCGGUGCCCGUCGCCUGCAGUUGCAGCCCCUCACACGUCACGGUGUACAGCGAGUAUGGCGUGGACGUCUUCGACGCCUGCACCGCCGAGUGGGUGCAGACCAUCGGCCUGCGUAGGAUCCGCCCGCUGAACGCGGAAGGCACCCUCAACCUGCUGGGCUGUGAGCCCCCGCGCCUCAUCUACUUUCGGAGCGCGUUCUCGGGAGUGGCGCUCAACGUGCCCGACACCUCAGACAACAGCAAGAAGCAGAUGCUGCGGACCCGGAGCAAGCGGCGCUUCGUCUUCAAGGUGCCGGAGGAGGAGAGGCUGCAGCAGCGGCGGGAGAUGCUUAGAGACCCGGAACUGAGGUCCAAGAUGAUCUCCAACCCCACCAACUUCAACCACGUGGCCCACAUGGGCCCGGGCGACGGGAUGCAGGUGCUCAUGGACCUGCCUCUGAGCGCUGCGCCCCCCGCCCAGGAGGAGAGGCCCGGCCCGGCCCCCACCAGCCUGUCCCGCCAGCCCCCAUCCCGGAGCAAGCCCUACAUCUCCUGGCCCUCUGCAGGUGGGCCGGAGCCCGGUGUGGCCAUGCCUCUGAGAAGCAUGUCGGACCCCGACCAGGACCUGGACAAAGAGCCUGACUCCGACUCCACCAAACACUCGACCCCCUCCAACAGCUCCAACCCCAGCGGCCCGCCCAGCCCCAACUCCCCCCACCGGAGCCAGCUCCCCCUCGAAGGCCUGGAGCCACCAGAGUACGACGCCUGAAGCCUGGCCGCCCGCCGUGGGCCGGGGAGCAGCGCGGUCG